UUGACGGAUCUACGCGUGUUACGUCUUCUAGGUACUUGUUCAUAUCACAAUCGCAAGACUAUCAUUCACUGAAUGAAAAACACAUAUUCUCUAGCAAGACUACACUAACUCUCCUGGCAACAUGGCGGAUGUCGACCCGGUCACUCUGCUCGAGUGGUUGCUGAUGGACGAACAACAUGAAGUUGAAGAUGAACGCGAGCAUUCUUGAACAAGAUCAAAUACUCACAAUGUAACAGUAUGUUUCUGUAACUGUCAGCGAGAGAUGCACGGGCUGUUGAAGAAUGAGUGACUGUCUAUAUACGUUUACAAGAAACAGACACUGUGUGACUGCAUCGUACAAGCUUCUGCUUUAGACAUGCAGUACGCUUCAUUUAUUGUCAAUUGGCAGUCAGAGAGUCUAGUAGAGAAACCCACAAACGUACGCGGAAGUCGUUCUCCUGCAACCGCAUGAAGCCAGCGAAUAUACAGUUAAGGAUUAGUUGUUACUGCUAUAAACAGAUACUACACAUUAUAUGUCUGGUUGAUAUGGUCUUUUUAUAGAUUGUAUGUUCAAUUAAAUGUUUGUUUUCUGGGUUGCACUUCAGUCUAUUUUCCGGUCUAGUGAUGAGUAAAGGUAAACCUCAACUUGAGACGUAAACAGCUAAAGUCAACAGUAAAAACAGGAAGCUUUUAAGUCAAAAUGACAGUAUAUACACAAGGAAGCCUGGAUUGGCAAGAAAUACAUAAUACACAUACUGUAGUGCUGUUUAAAUUAAAGCAAUGUUUUUUGCGCAAUCGUGUCUUAUAUAAGUAACUAGACAAACCACGACUUUGUUGACUAACACCGAGAUCUCAAUAUGUUCUAAUUCAUUAGUGAUCUUUGUAACAGGAUCGUAAUAAUUAAUGGUAUUGUCUGCAGUGUUGACGUUCCACGUACCUUAAAUAUUUUUAUUAAUUUUUCCUGUAAGAAAUUUGUUGUUCCGUUUAUUCAUACAUGCCAUCGUGGCCUAUUGUAAAUUGUCCGAAGUUUCGAGUAUGCGGACGGAGAAGAUUUUCCUAAACAGGGACUUUUAUGUGGUGCUAUGUGACAUCACACGCACGGUGUUCUAACAUAACGAACAAGACACAAGAAGUUUAUAGUUUCCUGCAGGUUUACAAUUUCCAAAAGAUUCCCUUCGUAGAGACAAUCGCCUAUAAAUGCAGCAUUCGUGUUGCUAGCGUGUCAGAACGACAAGAGUCAACUGAAUUGUUCGUAUACGUUAAAGAUACAGAAUUCUAUCCAGAGAAAAUGCAAGCAACUGCAAUUGUGCUGUCGAUUCUAUAUCUGCUCGUCACACCAAUCAAGUCUACUGCAAACUCUUGUAUUACUUCUGACAAUCAACACAAUACCGUUCUAUUAACGAUAUCUCCCAUCUCUCGUCUUAUUACUCCAGCUCAGCCAGGAAGCACAUCUUACUCCAAUUACUGUGGAGAGAGUCGCAGUCUUCGCAAGAGAAGUGACGAAGUUGGUGUCGUCCGAGUCAAUGAUUGCUAUGAAGGAAUAUAUCCGAGCAUGUGCGAUUACAAUUCCAACAGAAUUCCAUCCGAAAUCCUGAUGGCCGACUGCGGAAAAUGUGGAUCAAACGACAAUCGAAGUCGUAGACUAGCGAGAUGUAUUAAGUACAUUAACGGAAAGGCAGUGCGCGGACAUUGGCAGCCAAUCGCGAUGAAGAUAUCUCUACCAUUCAAAACAUCGAUGACUAGUAGUAAUGAUUAUCAAUUCAUGACUCAACAGAUCUCUUAUGCUUGUGAUUGCAAGACCACAGAAUAAUCGAAACUGUGUAACUCAUGUAUUAUAACUUGCUACUAUAUUAUAUAUUGAGUCUGUAUAGGCAUGGAUGCACACUGAACACAUUGUUCAAUAAUUGCCAUACCAUACUAUAGUAUGGUAUAUGACGACAACAUUAAAUGUUUGUAAAUGUUUUGUUUUAUGAAGCUAUAACA